GAAGGGAUAGUUGUGGGGGCGGGUGAUUACUUGCUGAUUGCCUCCACGGGUCAUGUGACCGGAAGGGCUCGUGACGGACGCUGUCCCUCCUCCGCGCGGCCUGAGCGCCCGGCCCGACCCCGGCCAUGGGGUGCUGCUACAGCAGCGAGAACGAGGACUUGGACCAGGAAAGAGAGGAACGGAAGCUGCUACUGGACCCUAGCAGCCCCCCCACCAAAGCCCUCAAUGGAGCUGAGCCCAACUACCACAGCCUGCCUUCUGCUCGCACAGAUGAGCAGGCCCUGCUCUCCUCCAUUCUUGCCAAGACAGCCAGCAACAUCAUCGAUGUGUCUGCUGCAGACUCCCAGGGCAUGGAGCAGCAUGAAUACAUGGACCGGGCAAGGCAGUACAGCACCCGCUUGGCUGUGUUGAGCAGCAGCCUGACCCAUUGGAAGAAGCUGCCGCCACUGCCGUCUCUCACCAGCCAGCCCCACCAAGUGCUGGCCAGCGAACCCAUCCCCUUCUCCGACUUGCAGCAGGUCUCCAGGAUAGCUGCUUAUGCCUACAGUGCACUUUCUCAGAUCCGUGUGGACGCGAAAGAGGAGCUGGUUGUACAGUUUGGGAUUCCAUGAAGACAGGGGUCCUUGGACAGCUCUUCUUCUCCUCUCUUCACCCCGUCUCCACCCUGCCUUCCCUGGCCCCCAGCCUCACUGCGGCUUAUACAGUACCCUAACCUGCUACUAAACACAGAGAAGAAUGUGGAGGAGGAGAAGAAGAGCAAGGCUAGAAGCCAGAGCAAGUGAGGAUGGAGCAAGGGAGGGUAGAACCAUUUGGGACUGGCCGUUGAAGCCCUGGCCAGGGGUCGGGUGGGGGUCAAAAGGACAGGGCCUGGUCGGUCUUCACUCUCACUGGGAAGCUGGAGGUACCACUGUGAGGGUGAUCACUCGGGGGCCUGUGGAGGCCCCCUUCCCACUCUUCUCUUGGCCUCACUCCUGUGCCCCUCUCUCCCUGACUUGGUGCUCACAUGCACCUCACUAGGGUUUGUGACCAGUGUCUGGACGAGCUUAAAUUUGAAUGAAUUGAGCUUGUAUUUCUAGCACCCUGGGUUUUUACAUGUUUGGGGUUUUUUUUUGUUUUUUGUUUUGUUUUGUUUUGUCUCCCUCGAUAAAGGAAAUGUAUUCAU